AUGAGCGUACCUUCCUCAGAGCUCCCCUCACGGGCUACCACAGGUAUCAGCACCUUCAGCGAUGAGGCCAUCCCCGAGUUUGAUCCCUCCACGACCGCUGGGCUCCUCUCCGAGCGACUGCAAGCAUGGAAACAUGCAGUCGGGUACCUAGAGGACUACGUGAGCGCCGUGGAGAAAAUCCACAAGGCUCACGCAAAGGAAUAUGAAAGGGCUCUCAAGGCAAGUUGUUCGACCGCCGACGCAUACGCCCCCUCCCUCAUGGCAUCACCGUCGAAAACGAGGGAGUCCAAGCGAGAGAAGGCAAAAAGGGAUGGCAUGGCAUAUGGUGGGAUUGCCGGUUUCUUCGAGAACCUGCGCCACAACACGCAAGCAAUCAUCAACACCAACCUCGAGACCGAGAAGGCUCUCAAGGGGAAUGUGCUUCCCGUCCUCGAGCGCCUUCACAAGGAGAUCAAGCACAAGGCGAAGGAGCUUGCCAGCGGUGCCGCGAAGGGUGCCAAGGAGGUCGAGAAAGCCCGAAACACGACGCAGAAGCACAUUGAGCUUCUCGGCCAGCAGACCGCUUCUUUCGAGUCAGCCGGAGGCAAGAUCAAUGGUGGCCACGAAGAUCCCUACGUGAUCCGAAGGGGCGUUCUUCACCGCCUGCACAAGCAGGUCCUCGAGGAAAACGCCCACCGGGGCGAUCUUAUUGCCGUGCAGAACAACUUUCAAGAGUUCGAGGCUCAUACCAUCCACACCUUGCAGCAGGCUAUGGAUGCCUUCACGCAGCUUGCCGGGGGCCAGGGCGAGAAGAUUCGGGCGCUGCAUUCGGACAUGUUGGGCGCCAUCCAGAGGGUGCCCCCCGAGUAUGAGUGGAAGUCCUUUGUCGCGCGUAGUGGUGACCUCCUCGUCGACCCCAACGAGCCGCCACGUGUCGUGGAUGCCAUCACGUUCCCUAACAUGGACCACACAUCCACUAAGCCACUGAUCGAGGGUACCCUCGAGAGGAAGUCGCGGAACAAGCUGUCUUGGGGAUACCAGACGGGAUACUACGUGAUAACCCCGUCCAAGUUCCUACACGAGUUCAAGGACUCCGAUAAUACUCGCCACGACCCCAAGCCCGAGCUCAGCGUCUAUCUCCCCGGCGCCCUUAUCGGAAAUCCAGUCGGGGACAAAUUCAGCGUCAAGGGCAAAGAUACGAGCAAGACGCUGAGCAGCAAGUUGUCCGGAUCAUCAGAGCUUUCUUUCAAGGCGCACACGGCUGCUGACGCAGAAAAAUGGUUCCGCAUCAUCAAGGAGGCCGCAGAUUCGGCCGCCGCUCCGUUGUCACCCACCUCUCCGACUUCACCACUUUCGCCCCCAACUCCUGUCGAUGCGGCAGCAUCUGCUGCGCCCACCGCAUCUAGCGCAGCUGCUGCCUCUGGGGAGAAACUAGAGAUGAAUGAAGCAAAGGUAGUCACGCCCGAGGGAGAGCAUCCUCCUCAGGAAAGCGGUGUGUCGGGUGGUUCUGCUGGUCCUGCCAAGGUGGCCCCGGCGGACACGAAGGGAACAUCUGCAGCUGCGUAA